AUGGGCAUGAUAGUCGAGAUUGGGGACCCGCAAUGCCAGGCCCUAAGCCUUUCUGACUCGAAGCGCUGCCUCGCCCAAGCGACGGCAUACAAUAACUUGUUCUGUGCUUACCAUGCGAAGCUGUGCUUUGGCCUAUACAUGGGUUACAAGCGUCGCAAUGCCCGGCUGGAUAAAUUGGGCGUCGACGGCCCGGCUUUCCUGACCAACAACUCAAGCAUUCCUCCGGCGAAUUUGUCCUUCAAGAACUUGAAAGACCCAGCCGAACUGCAUGAGAUACAGGAACAUCUGUUCGAUCAGUAUGUUCUGCUCGGGCAGGUCAUUGCUGCUCGUCAGCUGCACCACAAGCACUUCUUCUCCUUGGAGAUGGACUAUGGCCAUAAGGUCUACCUGGAGAAGCUUCAGGCACGUCACACUGGCACCCUGCGAGCCCUCGAGCGCAUUGGACAGAGGAUCAGUGCCGUGCUGUACGAGAAGGAGCAAUGGUACAAGUGGGUGAAGGCGACACAAGCCGAAGAGGAAGCCACUAGGGAGAAGGAGCAGAAGAAGGUCAAGUUGGAAGCCGCCAUGCUAAGAUGCCUGAAGAUCAAGGAAGAUGAGCAGCGGCAGAGUGCUUAUCUCGAUGAGGUCUGGCGGGAACGCAUGGCGGCUGCGAACGAGGAAGAAGGCGGCGACGAGGAUUGGGAUCCCAUCGAAGAUAUCUUGGCAGAGGAUCGUGAAAAGUAUCUCGACCUCAUCCGGCAGUUCCUUUGGUUCGAGCCCGCAGAAACGAAUGACGACGCAGUGCAACAGGACCACCAGCAGCAGCAGCAUGGGCCACAGACCAAGGAGAUUGACGGUCCAGCUCCUCAAAUGCAGGUCAUGGAAGCCACAGUCGCGGAUGAAGACGAGGAGGAGGAAGCGGAAGGAACACCGAGCAAGGUGAAGAAGUCGAAAACAAAGUCAAAAGGCAAGAAGAAGAAGGGCAAAAAGCCAGCUGCCGCGACAACCUCGGUGCCGCAGCCUUCAGGCCAACUGACCGCGUCGAAGGCUGCUGUUCCAGCGCACAAGCCUGCGAGCCAGCUGACCGCUUAUACGGCUCCUAUCAAUCAACUCGAAGUUGGCAAAGGCCACAUCGAGAGCCCAGAAGAAGUCCGCAGACGGUUGCGAGAAGGCGUGGAGAGGGACCACUCUGGGCUGUCUGGACCCCAGCUUUUGGGCACUAUUCAGAACCCCGUCGAGACGCAUGGCCGCACGGCACCUCUUCCAGAAGAGGAGAUUGAGAAGCUCGUGUUGGACAUAACAGAGAUCAAUGCACUCCUGCUCUGUCGGAUGCUUCUUUCGCACGCCACGCUGCUUCCAGCCGCUCUGCGAGCCAAGAGCGUAGAGGAGUUCAUUGCGGAUCCUUCGAUUUCUCACACCGACCUCAGAGAUUUGUGCCUGAAAGUCGAGCAGCCCAAAUUGCAGGAGCUCAGAGACGCUUGCGCCGACUUUGCACGCGGUGACAACCCUGACCCUCCGCCGCCGGAGGAGGAGGUCGAAGUCUUGUCUACGGAGGAGGUCCUCCGGCGGAAUCUGAUGUAUGGUGAUAUGAACGGGAUGGGGCUCUUUGCCAUGUUGAUGUCCAGCACGUCGAAGAAACUCAUGGCAGCAGAGGACCCGGGGAAUCAAGAGAAGAGGCCAAAGGACAAGAGGAUGAAGAUUACGGUUUGCGGCAAGACAAUUUGGAACCACGCAAGCGAAGCUGCCAUGGCUCGAGAUGGUUGGCUGCAAUUCUCUGUCAUGGCAAAAGACUGCUCCUUUGAAGACGCUGUCUCGCUUUGUCGGAACUGGGACGAGUUCUAUGAGCUACAAAGUCUCGUCUUGUGGCAGUUCUUCCCUUCAGCCAAGUGGGCGUCCUGGACCCAGAAUGCGCUGACCGGGCAGUUACUUCACUUGGGCUUCAUCCCGUUUCAAACCUUGUUCAUGGCGGAUAUUCUGUCAAGACACGACCAGGUCGGCUCCAAGGGAAGGCAUCGGCGACAACAUCACAUCGAAGAGUGUCGCAAUCUCAUUUGUGCCCACAUGAAACGGGGAGAUCCGGUCACUAAUCGGUUCAUUGACUAUUGCAUCAUGCAGGCCGGAACCCUACAGAUACUCGUCCGGGAUGGCAAGACUAAGCAGAUCUUAUAUGCUCCUAACGAGGAGAACGCACGAUGGAUUCACAGAGUCAAAUCCGGUCUUGGUCGGGCAUCAAAGAACGAGUAUAUUGUCACGUCAGCCGUGGACAGCAAGAUGCUAGAGGCACUGGACCAUGGCCGAGAUUGGCGAUUCGGUUUCGACGCCCAUUACGAACUGUACAUAUGGGACUUUGUUCCUGGCGAGAGCUCGAUGGUGCUGUUUCAUCAUCUAGUAGAUAUGCUCCGAAGAGCCCGAAGAAUGCAGGAGUUCCGGGAUUUGUACGGCCACCAGAAACAUGUCCUCGAACACCUGACCCAGGAUGCGGACACCAUGCGAGUCCGUCAGAUUCGCCCUGGCGAGGAAGCACCAAACAUCUACGAUUUCGUCACUGGUCCAACAGCGCAAUACGCAAUCCAGAAUAAUAAGUGUGGCGUAAAGUGGACCGAGAAGCCCCUCGAACUGGUCGAGAACGGGGCUGCACCGUCGCCUUACACUCUGUAUAACGAUGCUGAUGUAGCGGAGGAUGAAGUUCUCUUCGGCGGAGGGCGUGACCAAGGCCUGUUCACGCCAAUAAUAAACCCAUUGGUCGUCAUGGAGAACUCUGGAAUGACGCAGACCAUGUUACAGUAUGGUGCCAGCCUCAUCGACGAGUUGGACGCGAAUGACGUGGGAGAGGAUGGAGUUGAUGCAACGGCCGGGAAGACGAAGGCUUUGAUGUCAGCGAAGGAAGACAGCAAUGCCCGACAUUUCAUACACUCCAUGCCGCCGAUCUGGAGACAUGCAUACUUCGAAAUCAACAGGAAGCUCGGCGAACAUGGUAGAGACAGAGAGGAUCUGCUAGACCGCUUGGACUUCUUUUCUCAAAAACUAGAGAUGAGCGGUCGGGAGCUUCAGAAACUCUCGCAGCUUGAGCUGAUGGAACGGGACAGGUCUUACAGUUUCAAAGAAUCUUUCCAUCUAGGAGACCUCGAACCUGGUGCUCGAGACAAGUACGUCGAAUCGAUGAGGAUUAUCAUAGGCCUACAAAAAGCGUCGUCAGUCAAGACUGCUGGCACUGAAUGGGCCUGGUUCUGCCUUGACAUCCUUGACAGGCUUGGAUUGCAGGCAUGGUGUGACGAUUACGAUCCAAACCCACACUCCCCCUGGCCGCACCGGUACCUCGCCCAGGAUGUCACGCAAGCUUUUGUUACAAUGGGGUUAUUCUUUCCUAAGCUGGAGGUAACCAAGCUUGUCAGGGACUUCUUGGACUCUGAGCAGGGCUCGCAAUUCAAGAUCUCGGGUAUCUUUGACCCGGUCGCGCGCUCACGGAUGAUACCGGAUCGGCGGUCAAGGACAAGUCAGACUCGGAGGCCAAAGAGCUUCUUCAAGGAACUGGAGGAACUGGAGAGUCGCGAAGAGUCAAUGGUAGAUAUAUGCCCGAUGAGCUGGAGCACAGCCGUCAGGCCAAUCAUUGCAACCUUGUACCGAGCCGGCAUCAUCCAGCCGUCCAACACCCAACCACAUCCCGAUUGCGUCCCCGGCCGCGCCUACGCGGCGGAAGAGCCACACCGCCCGGGCAAGCUAGACUUCUUCGUACGCUACAAACGACACCAGCCACUCUCGGUCCCACCCGUGCCUUCAAUGGAAGACUGGCCCGACCUUCUGGAAAGCGCGCAGGCGUUCUCAAAGGAGAACCCGGGGGCCAAGUUCUCGCUGCUGCGGCUAUGGUCUGCGCCGCACUUCUACCCAAUGAUGGUGCACUAUGACACGCGCCACGUCAUGGCCUUCGUGGACUCGCGCGAUCGCAGCUGGGAAUUUAAGCUCCUGCCGAAAGACCUUGAGGAAAGUGAGAAGAGGGCCAUGCACCUGACGUCGAGCAGGAUGGGGGUCGUUGUCGAGGCGGCGCGGGAACAUGAUGGGGUGGACCUCAGCGGGCACUUUGUGCCGAGGGGCGACGCGAUACUCGUCAUGGCGGAGUCUGAGGAGGAGCUGCUCCGCCUGAGCACGAUUGCCACGUUUGCGAUGCAGACGAAGCCGUGGCUUCGGGAGGUCGAUCUGUGGAAGAGCUUUGUGAAUGUCGAGCUGGACUUCCUGCAGGGCUUGGAUCCGUCUUGGCUGGACUGA